AUGGAUCAUCGACUGGUCUUUCAAAGCCCAGAUAUUCAAAAACAUGGUUCCGGCGCAGCUACCCGCUGGCAUCUGGUUCAAAAUGCUGCUUCCUCUCCCAGUCAGUGGAGUAGACAGACCGUGUCGCGCUUGGGAAUCACUUCUUCACGGAUAGCUUCAUUGCUUUGCCUUAUAUUUCCGAAGGGGGGUGAAGCGGGUUCACAGUUGCCUUUAAAACUCCAACAGCGUUUACUCUUUCACCAGUUACUUUUACACCGUCUACUGGUUGAGCUGACAGCAUUGCCUCCUCAACAAUCACUUUUGUGUGCGGGGUAUAGGCACGGAGUUGUGGUGCUCUUUCUCUGGCUCAGGAGAGCAAUCGUCCCUGAAGAUGAAUGGCGACGACUUGAACUUCCUAUCGGCUUCGAGCCGAAAGACAGUGAAAUGGAACCCGGAAUAGAUCUAGCUUUACGAAAUCUUUUUAAGACAGUCAGUCAUCGAUUGACUGCUAUUCCCACUUCUGAGGAGGUAAGGCUAACGGGGGAAAGUCUGAAAGAUGACUCUGAGGUUACCUCAGGCCGCAAGAGGCAUCAAGCACUAGCCUUGGACGACGGAUACUACUCCGCACCUAAAAGUCUUUCCAUUGACGGAUGUGGCAACGGUAACGGAUUUGGCAACGGUAACGGAUUUGGCAACGGCAACGGCUCAUCUCAGUCUAGUGAUGAGAUUUCGUUGAAUACUCUUACUAACUAUAUCCAUCUAUCAUACUCUGAAUUAUCUGAGAAUUUUCCUAAUUUGACAAAAGAGAAAGUGAAUGAAAUAACAAUGUCCAUAAUGGAUGGUACUUACACCCAGUCUCCCCUAAGAAUAAGGCCAUUUAUUGAUUCUAAAAAUGAAUUGGGUAUCAAGCUUUAUGUUAUGGAUAGAUUCAAUAAUAAAAAACCAUUUGAAGUUUAUUCACAGGAAGAAGACAACCUUGUUCAACUUUCGCUGGCAUUUAUGUUAAAUAAACAUAUAUAUAUGAAGGGAGUUUUCAUGGCAAAUUGCGUGGGGUAUCAUAAUUUGUUACCUACUUAUUAUGAUUUAGUAUGUUCUAGAAAGAAUGUCUUUAAGGUAUAUCGAUUAGACCUAACAAAUUCCCUUUCGAGUAUAAAUCGAGAGAGUUUGUUAUCUAACCUUGAAUCUAUUGUGAAUGAUGUGGAAAUCUUAAGAUAUGUAAGAGAAUACAUUAAUUUACCUUUUGUUACUGAGUAUGGAAUACCCCUAUCCCUCCAUCCAACUACAGCUAUACCACCCUCAGGAUUUCUGAGUUGUGUAUUACUGAAUUAUGCUUUAAUGGACUUCGAUAAGGCUUUUCUCGAAUUCUUAAGGAAUCUGCUUGGUUCUAAGGUGAGGCUCGAGAGACCUGGAUUCGGACAGAUUGAUAGAGGAAAUGCCAAAGCAAUGAACUUGGAUUUCGUACUUGGGAUCCGUCUAGAUUCGCUCUCAAGACAGCUCUUCCCGGAAAUAAGGAAUGCGAUGAUUCUUUGCCCUCGUAGAAUAAAGGGUAAUCGGAAAAGAAUAUGGAAUGGUCUCUCACUGCUUUCUGCCACUUCCGAAGGCAUUGUUCCUAGGGCUGAAGUGAAGGCUCAGUCUUGCUCGACGGGAGUUCCGAUUCCACCCAUUCUGAUUCCGGGCUUGAGGCCCAUCUUUUGGAAUCUACUGAUAGGCCUGUUCAAGUUCCGCAGGAGUAGUUUCGGUUGUAACUUGGACGCAAGCAAGAAACUUCUUGAAUAUCUCCUUUUGGGCGAACGACGGGGAUUGAACCCGCGCGUGGUGGAUUCACAAUCCACUGCCUUGAUCCACUUGGCUACAUCCGCCCCUACCCCCGCACAGUUGCAAGUCUAUUGUUGUGCUUUGGGGGAAGCUUCAACAAGUAGAAGCUUUCUGGAAAAGCUUCAAUUCAAACAAAGAGGUUGGGCUGUUCACUUCAUUGAUUUGACUUCACUUUUAAGAUUAAAGAGAGGGGCCGGGCGGGCAGUGAAGGCUCGUUUAGUAGACAGCAAGCGAGCAGCAAGCACCUACUACUCCUAUCAAAAUGAAAAGCAGCAAGCGGAGCUUGAAGAAGCGAGCCCCUAUCAGAGAAAGUCAUUGCGCGCCCUUGUAUAG